AUGAGCGAAUCAAAAGUAAGGACGAACCAUGUUAAAUUUGAUGACGGUAUGUCUGAAGAUCCGACCAUUACGGUGCCUGAAAUAACACAAAAGAAAUCAACGAUAAUUGCUCACAGUGAUAGUGACAGUGAUGAUGAGGCCCCAGAAGAGGAGGGGCUUUCUCAGAGUGUGACCAACACGAGAGUUUUGGCUAAAGAGAGGGAAGAAGCUAUAAUGUUAGAACAGAAGUUAUUGAAAGAAAGGAGAAGACAGCAAAACGAGAAGUUUAGAGAACAGCAAGAAGAGAAAAGAAAAAGACUGGAAAUGAAAUCCAAUGAAAAAUUAGAUGCUAUAAAUACAGACAAUGCUGAUCUUGAAAAAUUACCAGAAGAAUUUUUCGAGAAAUUACAAGAAUCUGAGGCAAGUUCAAAAGUAGUAGAGUCUAUCCCAAAACAUAUAAAUUUCAAUGAUAUCAGUGAUACAAAUUGUUUGCCAGAAGUGAAAAAACAAUUAGAAAAGAAGAAAAAGAAAACGCUGAAAACCUUGAGAAGGGCCACUUUGAAGAAGGGACCCGUCCAUGUUUCUGUUUUAUCGUCAGAAGCAUCCGUGAAGAAAUUGGCACCUGUGAGGGAAAACAGCAUUAUGAGAACAAAGGACAAAUGGCUGAAAAGAAGUUUGCUAAGAAAGAAAUAG